AUGCCGGAGGAAGAUUGCAUUCCACCCGGCUUUUCACAGUCGACAGGCGAAGCCACCAUUAUGAUGAUCACCGAACGUGUGCGCCAGAUGACAGUAUGCAAUAUGCUCGAUACACCGAUUGACGUCAAUGGUGGUGUCACCGCGGGAGUUCUAGCUGCCAUGCUAAUUCUUUCCAAUCAUUCACUACUACGGUCAGAAUUAUCGCAUGCUCAAUCACACAGACAAGCAGCUCGGAUUUUGAUGAACUCACUGGCGUUGAAACGGCCUCCUAAUGACGACCUCACCAUUUUUCUGAAGAACCAAUUGGCCAUCUACGACGUCCUUGCAUGCACGACACUGUUCAACUACGAGCAUAUCCAGGGUGCCAUUUUGCCACAUCUUUCACAACAAGACGUCCCAUUUGGUGACUUCCUGAAGAUUCUGCACAGCGUCACCGUCAUGUCGCUUCACGAAAAACAUGCGAAGCCGGCUGAAAAUCUUGAAGACGAAUUCAAACUUGCAAAUGGUUCAACAUUACUGGCUGCAGGAACGCUCACUCAGACACUGACAAUGCCGUCCAAACGGGACUUCAUACGACUUGUUCAAGCAUAUCAUCAUGCUGGGAUUCUUUACGCAUAUACUCGACUGAGCACGCCUGAUGAUUAUGCGCGAGCGAUGUUAGUCCAUACGGAUGAGCUUUUCUCAGUCCUGGACCAAUUCGAGGACAUUAACGCAUCUUUACACAACCUGGCCUGGCCUCUGUUCAUUGCCGGAGCCUCUUGCUGGGGAGACGAAAAGCGCAUGGGGAUUAUUAGCGGGCUGUGUCAGACUUUAUCGACGAAUACGCGGUUUGAGCACUACACAAACAUUUCGAUCUUUCUCCAAGAGCUCUGGCAAGGCUCGAACUCUGAUUGGACCCUUCUUGCUCGUCAAUGGGAAGAGAAAGGCACUCCAAUCAUAGCCGUCUGA